AUGGACCAAUCACCAAACGACGAACGAAGCCCAUCUAGAGCUUCAAACCGAUACUUCCCCUACCCAACAAACAAACCCGAAGGAAUCCGAUCACCGAAACCCCAAGUACCCCCAAAACCCAUCGAGUGGAUGUUCAAUAACCCUGCAGACAAUCUUGAACAACGCUUCACACCACCACCAAUCUCUAGCUUCCAGAUUCCCCAGAACCCACUCAGAGACCCACGCAUUCUUGGAAUCGAAUACCAUCUCAGAUCUGAGAGAACUACCCCAGCAAAUACCCCGAAACCUGACUGUGGCAAAGGAAGAAUGCUGAAUGACUUUGCAAACCCCUCCUCGAAACCUUCCAGGAGCAGACCUCCCGGAUACGAACCACCCGCGAUUGGCGCCACCCACACCGAACGACCCCAAGAACCCAAAGAACUUCGGAUCAAUGUCCCUCCCGAGUUCGAUGGAAACCGAGAGAAGUUUGAUCACUUCAUCAACAAGUGCAAACUUUAUCUUGAGAUCAAUGAAGGAGUCUAUGAUACCGACAAGAAGAUGAUCAGUUAUAUCCUUGGUCUCAUGACCAAAGGAGAAGCCCACGUCUGGUCGAGCCAAUACAUCAAAGCCCGCACUCGCGCAGGCCGACUUUAUUUCGACACCUAUGCCGUUUUCAUGCAGCUUCUUGAAGAAGCUUUUAUCACCCAAGACGCCCCCAGAGAAGCCCUCCAACAGCUGAAGAAGUUACAUAUGGACAAGAAACACACCGAAGACCACAAUGCCGAGUUCAAGACACUUGUCGAACGGUCCACUCUCACAGACCCCAUUGCCAUAGGUGACCUUUACAGAGAUUCCCUGUCGGACAAGGUCCUUGGCCUGAUCAUCAAUUCCAGAAAUAUUCCAAAGAACAUCAACGAUUGGUACAAACAAGCAGUGGAAGUAGAUGUCAACAAUUGA